AUGACUCAUGGCAGAAAGAUCAAUUACAUUGAUAAUCUGUAUCAAGCUCUGAAGAAAGUGAUAAAGGACAUGGACUUGGUCAAGAACGAGGCGAUGAAGAUCUCUUUAAUAGAAGCUCAUCUGCAGCGGUUGGAGACUGCGCCCGUUGAUCAGCUGCAGAGAGAGAUCUCCUCGACUCAUGUUGGUUCGUUGACGUCUUCUUUGAAGGAAAACUUUAUGGUGGGCUUUGACCAAGUAUUUCUUGAAGUCUUGGAUAAGCUCACUGGAGGUCAACUGAACUGCCAAAUCAUCCCAAUUAUGGGGACGGGUGGAAUUGGUAAGACUACUCUUACCCGAAAUCUAUUUGAGAAUGCACUUGUUAAAGAGUAUUUUGAUAUUCGUGCUUGGACGAUGAUAUCGCAAACUUAUAAUGUUAGAGGAACACUAAGGGAAAUUCUUUUCCAAGCAAGUGGGGAUUUGAGUGAUCUAAGUGAGGAUGAUUUGGGAGAAAAAUUGUACAAGUAUUUAUCGGGAAUGAGGUAUCUCAUAGUAAUAGAUGAUAUGUGGAGUAUAGAGGUGUGGAGCAAGAUCAAAUUUUUCUUUCCUAAUCACCAGAAUGAGAGUCGAAUAAUCGUAACAACUAGACUAUCAAACUUGGGUUCUCAGUUGAAUGAGUUUAAUACAGUUUGUAUGAAGUUUUUAGAUGAGGCUAGUAGUUGGGGAUUGUUUUGUAAGACUGUGUUUGGAAAAGAAAAUUGUCCUCUUGAGUUGGAAAGUGUUGGAAAGAAUAUUGUAGCAAAUUGUAAAGGACUUCCUUUAUCAAUUGCUACGAUAGGAGGUCUUGUCAAAAUCUGA